AUGCACGAUCAUAAAUUGGAACAGCAUAGCAAGGUCGAAGAAGAUGGAGUUCUUGAUCCUGAGACUACUAUAGUUGCCAUAUUUCCGUCACCUGUGCAUUAUGCAGGUCCAACUGAAGUACAGUGGCAUGCCAAGGCACGGAUAAAUGCAGGUGCCAACUUCUAUAUUGUAGGUCGUGAUCCUGCUGGAAUGGGUCAUCCAACUGAGAAAAGGGAUUUAUAUGACCCAGAUCAUGGGAAAAAGGUGCUCAGCAUGGCUCCUGGCCUUGAGAAGCUUAAUAUCCUGCCAUUCAAAGUGAGUAAUGGCUCACGGCUUUAUGUUAUUGCUCCUCUCUAUCAAAUAUCUCUUCACAGCACCGUCUUUGAAAUGUUAAUUUCCUCCUUAUUCAGCCUUGUAUGCUUGUUGUAGCUGGUAAUUCCAUCAUACUUUUGGGAUUAAUAUAUGUGGGGAACUAUUUAUCUGUGGUUCUUCUGAUGGCAGUGUAAUUAUCUGUACUAGCUGGCCUUUUAAUUUUCAAGUCUAAAUGGGUAAUGGGUCAGUCAUCACGAUCA